AUGCCAAGAUUUAUUUUACUGUUAAUCUCCUUGACAACUAUUGGAUAUAUUUUCUGUGAAAAAUUAAAUGCAAAUAUCGACAUUAAUAAUAAACAAGAAUAUUGUUCAAACAAAGAUGCUGAUGAUUCAUUAUGUGAAAACCAGAUUUUCGAUCAACCAUCAUCAUCCAAGCUUAGUAAAUUAAAUAUGGCUGGUGCUUCUGAACGUACUUUUAUUAUGGUUAAGCCCGAUGGUGUACAACGUGGACUUGUUGGUGAUAUAAUUCAUCGAUUUGAACAACGUGGAUACAAACUUGUUGCGCUUAAAAUGAUUCAAGCACCUAAAGCUUUGCUUGAAAGUCAUUAUGAAGAACAUAAAGGUAAGAAAUUUUAUGAACCACUUUUAACCUACAUCGGCAGUGGACCCGUCGUUGCUAUGGUUUGGGAAGGUUUAAAUGUUAUAACAGUUGGUCGUAAAAUGCUUGGUGCUACCGAUCCAGCUAAAUCUGACCCUGGUACAAUUCGUGGUGAUUUUGGUAUUGUUACAGGACGUAAUAUUGUUCACGGUAGCGACUCGGAAAGUGCAGCUAAACGUGAAAUUGAUUUAUGGUUCCGACCAGAUGAAGUUUCCAACUGGGUACAUACAGCCGAACGAUGGAUCUAUGAGUGA